AUGCUUAUCACGCAGAUCCUGCGCCUGCAUGUGUCGGUAGGAAAGGCCAGAUUAGCCGCCCUACCUAGCGCCGACUUGAUGGUAUCGUUUGAAUUCAACAAAUACGGAAGUCACAAAGUUGUACGUCUGCGAGGUAGGGCGGAGUCUCACACGCACCUCUUCGCCAACAAGACCCAUCCAUAUGAUGAUGUCGAGAGAAUAAUCGCUCAUGCUAGGAAAAGCCCUAGGAAGUACCGUCAAUUUCUCAAGGGCAUUGAUAGCAUCCGCGUCUCCCACUGGGUGAAGAGCCAGCCACAUAUUCGAAUGGGCCUUGCCCCGGAGACCAAACAAUCAGGGACCACGGGAUGCUAUACACGAAACCCCAGAGCCAUGAACGAGCCUGAAAGGAACAGUCCAGGAAGCUUCCAGUAA